GGCGGCACCUCGGGGCCGGGGCUGCCGGCGGCAGGCCCCCGGCGGGAGCAGCGAGGGCGGGCGGCCGGGGCGGAGCGGCAGCCGGCAUGGGGGCCGGGGCGCUGGCCGUACGCCAAAGCAAAUCAGCUGUGAGACUGAAGGAGGACAUGAAAAAGAUAGCUGUGCUUCCACUGAACAAGCAGAGGGACACGACCUGUCCAAAGGUGUUUGGUGUGAGUCUUCUGGAGCUCCAGCAGCAGGGACUGAGCAAAAAUGGAAUUCCGAUAGUUGUGUGGAAUAUAGUGGAGUACCUCACCCAGCAUGGUAUGACACAAGAAGGUCUCUUCAGAGUGAACGGCAGCAUGAAAAUGGUGGAGCAGCUGCGUCUGCAGUAUGAGCGUGGGGAAGAGGUGGAACUUGUUAAAGAUGGUGAUGUGUACUCAGCAGCCAGUCUGCUGAAACUGUUUUUGAGAGAGUUGCCAGAUGGAAUUAUCACAUCUGCCUUACAUCCCAGGUUCAUUCAGCUUUACCAGGACUCUAGAAAUGAUAUGCCGAAGGAAAGUUACUUGAAAGAACUCCUUAAAGAGCUGCCUGAUGCUCAUUACUGCCUGCUGAAGUACCUGUGCCAGUUCCUGAUAAAGGUUGCUGAACAUCACGUAGAGAACAGGAUGAAUCUUUGCAAUCUUGCCACUGUAUUUGGACCAAACUUCUUUCACGUGCCCUCUGGAUUUGAAGGGAUAAAGGAGCAGGAGAUCUGCAACAAGAUAAUGACAAAAAUGCUGGAAAAUUACAAUACCUUGUUUGAAUUAGAAGGCUUGAAGAAGGAUGAAGAAAAGCCUGUAUGUGAAGAGCUAGCAAGAAUAAUUUUGGUAAAAAUGACCGAACUCCCAACGGAACAAUCCAGCCAAAUGCGCCUAUUGCCACAACCAGGCCAGUCAGAUGGAAUAUCUCAAGUCAGCCUCCAAUUAACAGACAGUGGUUCAUGUGGAAAGGAGAUGGACUUAGCAGAUGAAAUCUCCUUCAUUAACAAUGAUGUGUUUUUCUCCAGCUCCCAAGAAGAUGAGCGGCCUAUGUCACCCUUCUAUGUGAGUACCCACGUAUCACAAGUCAGUAGCAACGUUCCUGCUACAGGAGAGUAUUUAGAGAAGACAAUCCGCUCAGCCGUGGAGCAGCAUCUCUUUGAUGUUCAUGGCUCAGGCGGCCAGAGUUCAGAGGACUCUGAAUCCGGGACAUCUUCAGCCUCUUCUAAUGUGUCUGCCAGGCAGAGGAGGCGACACCACAAAGAGCAGGAGGAAGCCCGGAGAAACAGAGACAUGGAAGUUGUCAACAAGGAAAACAUUCCCUCUGGAUUCAGCAGUCUUGAAGAUUGUAUUCUAGCAGCUCAAGAUGUAGAAAAAUUGCAAGACACCAGUUCCGGAUACCUUAGUGAAAGGAAUAAAUCAAAACGGCAGAAAUCCAGCACCAAGCUCUCAGAGCUUAAUGACAACCAGGACAGUCCUGUGAGUAUGGAAAGCUUUAGCUCCUCCAAGCCUGUAGACAGAACAGGACCUGAUGACAUGGAAAUUUUAUCUGAAGAAAGCAAAGAAAGUGAAAACGAUGAGGUUUUUUUCAGGCAUUCUCAGCUGACUUCAAGUAUGAAGAUUCAAGAACAUCCAAGCAUGCCUGAAAACAAGUUACAAAGAAAUCAAGAUGCUGAUGAUCAAGAAAACAGCUUUGUUUCUGAAGUGCCUCGGCUGGAUUUAACAUCACUGUGUGAUGACAACAACUGGGAAGAGCCCAUCCCUGCUCUCUCCUCAUGGCAGCGAGACAGCUUAGACUCAGAUGAGGCUCGCCUUUCCCCGCAGGCCGGGCGCUUGAUUCGCCAGCUUCUGGAUGAGGACAGCGAUCCCAUGCUGUCCCCUCGCUUCUAUGCCUAUGGACAGAGCCAGCAGUACCUGGAUGAUACAGAAGUGCCUCCUUCUCCUCCCAAUUCUCAUUCCUUCAUGAGGAGACGGAGUUCAUCUUUAGGAUCUUAUGAAGACGACAGAGAAGACCUUACCCCUGCACAACUCACCCGGAGGAUUCAGGGGCUGAAGAAAAAGAUCAGAAGAUUUGAGGACAAAUUCGAAGAGGAGAGGAAAUACAGACCUUCCCACAGUGACAAAGCAGCCAACCCUGAAGUGCUGAAAUGGACAAAUGAUUUGGCCAAAUUCCGAAAGCAACUUAAAGAGUCAAAACUGAAGAUAUCGGAGGAAGACCUUGGCCCCGUUGUACGUCAGCGCAGCAACACACUCCCCAAGAGCUUUGGCUCUCAGCUGGAGAAGGAGGAUGACAAGAAGCAAGACCUGUCAGAUAAAUCUGCCAAGCCUGCCGUGGAAGUGACCCUUGACUCCAUCCAGAAGAAGCUUCAAGAGAAACGAGCAGAGACAAAUCGACCUGAAGACAUUAAGGACAUGACACGAGAUCAGAUAGCAGCUGAAAAAGUGGCUCUUCAAAAAGCUUUGCUGUAUUAUGAAGGCAUUCAUGGCAGACCGGUUACCAAAAAUGAACGGCAGGUGAUGAAGCCAUUGUAUGACAGGUAUCGCUUGGUCAAACAGAUCCUCUCCAGAGCCAACACCAUCCCUAUUAUUGGUUCCCCCUCCAGCAAGCGGAGAAGCCCUUUGCUGCAGCCAAUUAUCGAGGGCGAAACAGCUUCCUUCUUCAAGGAGAUAAAGGAAGAAGAGGAGGGGUCUGAGGAGGACAGCAAUGUGAAGCCAGAUCUCACCAUUACCAUAAAAACAGAUUUCGGCGUGCGCAGCUUCUUGGAUCAACUAGAAGAUGAUGCCGAUGGCUUUGUUUCCCCCGUGGAUGAUAAGAUGCCAUCUAGGAGCAGUCAGGAUAUGGGGCUUUCAAAUCUCCAUGAAGCAUCCAUCCCUGAACUGUUAGAGCAGCUCCAAGAAGUAAGGGAAGAGAAAAAGCGAAUCAGAAAAAAAUUGAGAGACUUUGAAGAUAACUUUUUCCGACAAAAUGGAAGGAAUGUGCAGAAGGAAGACCGCACUCCCAUGGCUGAAGAGUACAAUGAAUACAAGCAGGUUAAGGCCAAACUGAGGCUGCUGGAAGUCCUGAUCAGUAAGAGAGAUAUUAGCUCCAAGAUCAUGUAACGGAGGAGAUUGUUUUUGCCAAUAAACAAAGAGGAGAGAGCACCAAAUGGACAAAUGCAUGAAGUGGAUGCAGCGGGAACCUGACUGGGAGAGCUGAGGAGCUCCCUGGGAACUGAAGGGUCAUUGCCGGAGGUGGGAGAGGGAGGAAAGGUGGAUUUCUGUCAUUCUCUACAUUUGCUGUUGCCCACUCUUUCUCUAGGCCUGAUUCCCAAAAUGGAGUUUGCCAGUGUAGGAGACACAACACUGCGCUCAGUGACUGCACUGAAGGGAUCCUUCUGUAUUGAUUUGCUUACAGAUCCUAUAAUAUUUAGAAUAUCAAAGCCAGCCAUGCUGUUCUUUCUUUUUCCCCAGGAUAUUAUAGCAAGAGGCAAAAUAGGAUUAAUAGUAAUGAAAUCAUCAAAUAGCUUCUACUUGAGUUGAACAGACAAGUGCUCUGACCAAUCUCAUGUUAAGGCACAGGUCAGGCAGCACCAAGACUGUUCACUUGUAGUAAAGAUUUGCUCAGACUUUUGACCUGUUUGGAGUCCAGCAUCUUCUGUUGCUCUAGAGAAAUGCUGUAAUAAUCUCCUGGUCAUCAGCCAGAGCUGGUGUGAGUUGCAGUUUUGCCCAGGCUUGAGUUGGGUUUUCUUCCCACGUUUUUGAUGGCCAGUACAACCGAAGUAGAAGUGCCUGCAUAUUUGGGAUAGUGAAGAAAAUGAGCCAUGCAGCCAGGUUCUUACCAGCUUGUUCUGCAUGGAGGGUGAUACUGAGACCUUCUUAACCAUGUUUGGGCAACAGGGAAGAGAAGAGGUUUUCAAAGCUUUAAGUCAGAAUCCCUUGUGAUUAUGGUGGUUGGUUAAAUAUCUGGUGUCAAAUGUGUGGUAGAUAUCUGGAAGACACACCCCAUUAGUACGUGUGCUUCAUUGUGAUACAGACACCUGAGCCCAAGCUGAACAGUCCACAUGGGUGUCCCACAAACUCAUCUAAAUUUUCUCCUUUUGUGCACAUCACACCUGUGUGAGCUGCAGCAGAAACACUGAUGGUGGCAGCAGAGGAUGGGCUUUUCUUCCCAUUGUAGGAGGUAUGGCAGUACAGAGGGUACCGCAGGGAACUGAGAGCAUGGAGCUGUGCUCUGCCUGUGGAAAGGGCACCUGUCUUGAGGGCAAUCUUUGACAAUUUACUGUUUCCAAAUUUGUGUAUGACUUUCAGAAAAUAAAGUCCUGGGGCACCUGAUUCAGGUGGUCUUGUUAAACAGGUGCAGCCUGAAGGAGAGAAAGGCCCCAAGUUCAGAGACACCAGGUCACUGAAAGGGCUCAUAGUUCCGUCAUCCUGGGACACCAGGACUCGCUCUCCCACUCCAGAGGCUUAUGUGCACCCCUUGCUUCACCCUGAUACCCAAGGGAGGGCACUUCUGUAAUGCUUUCUUCAGCUCCCCAGGGGAUCAUUGCCAGUGUACAGAAGCCAAAUAGCCAAGAUGAAAUCCAGUGUUGGUUGUAGCCAGGCCUCAUGCAUGUCACACCAGAGGAGCCCAGAACAACUUCUCCCCCUUCCUUCUUUAUUAAGGGCAAGUGGGCUCACAAAUAGUUGUAUUUGGGUUGUGGUACUUUGAUUUAUCCCCUCUCACUUGCCAUGUGUGCUGUGUGUGUUCUUGCCAAAAUUGCUGCUAUUUUGGUCUCUUUGGGAUCCCUUGAACUCUUCCAAAGGCAGCCAUGGGUUGCACAUGCCCUUUGUUAGUCAGGAGGGGUGUCCUGGUUUAGGGCAAAUUCCCCCAACUUGUUCGGGAAAAGAUUUCCUUGGAGAAAAGUGGAAAAAACCUGUUUAUUUAACAAGCAAAGCACCCACAAACAUAAAAAAUGAACAAUACCAAACAAUAAAACCUUUUGUUGUUCCAAAGAGAUGGCAACUUCAGAAAGUCUUUUCCGUGGGGUAUAGCUCAGCUCGCUGUGUGUCUCUCAGUCCCUUCGGUGCUGGAAUCCAGCAUCCUGGCUCUGGUGGGCCACACACGUGAGCUCUCAGUGUUCUUCUGAAAUUUCGGUCCAAAGCAAUUUUGAACAGUUUCAAGACAAGGAAAAACCACAGUCCAAGGAACUUUUCUACCUCAGCUAGCUAAAACCUAGCUAAAAGCAAACGAGAGCUCUGUCCCACUGUCUGUGCUGCAGACAACACAGUCCAGGAGCAGAAUGUGGAGGAGAAAGUGCAGUUUCUGCAAACAAACUGUGCCUUCUUUGCCCCCCUUCACUCUUGGAACCAGUCUUAGAGGUGCAAAACCUAAUAUCCUGCAUAAAUAGAACAGACAGUUGGGGAUACAAGCAUCAUAAAUUCACCCGAGGACACUGGGUAAGGCAGACUUAGGUGUUAGUGAAAGCACUUGGGGUGGGGACUCAUGGCUUGGUUUGGUUUUUUGUCGAUUGCAGAAUUGGCUGUUCCAUAUAAAACCAGCAAAGACUGAAUUUUGUUUCCAAACCAUCCAGAGGACUUGUGUGCUGACCUAGGGUUUGGCUUCUCAGAGGUGCUGAGUUCCCAUCUGAGAUGGGAUCUCCUCUGAUCCUUGGAGUGUGUUAACUGGGCUGACAGAUUGGAUCAAAAAGUGCUUUGAAGGGAAGCCUAAGCAGGGUAAACCCCUGUCCCUACACAGGGCAGCCCAGGAAUCCAUAGCUGUGCCUUUGCCUGCUCCCACAGGCUCUUUGUCUCAUUGUCAGCUCUCCCUAGUUAUUUUAGGGAAAGCAGCUGAGCCAAGCUGGCUGCAGCGUCACUCUGCUGGUGGAAGCGUGGGAUGAGGAAGAAUUCUGGAUUACCAAAAGGUCCUUAGCACUGUCUCAUUUUUAUAUUGUUCAGGCCCAGUUCAGGAAAGCAAAAGCCUGGAUGGUGAGCAUGUGCCUCAAGCUGGCCUGCCUUUGGGAUAUUGCCGAGUUAAAAUGGAGUAAAACCUGUGUGCUUUUCAGAAUCUGGGCCUGGACACCUUUAAACAGAUGAGAGAAGCAAUUUCUGCUCUUUUUCAUAAUCAUGCAUUUUUUCAGUAUGCUGAGGCUUCCCAGGCUUAUGUUUUCUCUGCUUAUUUUUAAAAGCUUCUUUGCACUGUGUACUGAUAAAUUACCUGUUUUGCUGCUGUUGGGGGUUAAGUUUCUUUGCUUUUGUUCCUUUUUACUUGCAGAAUUUUUUCCCAUAAGUUGCUAGGAAGCACUAAAGACUGGGUACUUCAGAAAAACAAAAAGAAGUGGCCAAACUCAGGGGAGGAAGGUAUCUGGUUGCACUUCUCUUAUCUGGGAGUCUCUCUCUGAGGGGCAGAGAUACUGUGAGAAUUGGGCAGGUAAAAGACUGGGCAGCUGCUAGCUGAGGAGGAGGAGGAUGGUUGGAGCUGCUACCUGGGAAGGGGAAUUAGCUCCUGCUCUCCUUUCCCAGCCGCCUUUCCUGGCUCUGCUCUGGUCCCACUUCAGUCUCACCUUGCCACUGCCACCAUGACAAGAAGCUGCAGCUGUUCCUGGGCAUGCCCACACCGCUGGGCUACGUGCCAGGGCUGGGCCAUGGAGCCACUGGUUUCACCACCUGCUCUGAUAUCGGCCCUGCCUGCCAUGCCACCGACCCCGUGGACAACCCUGGUCAAGAGAAUGUGGGGAACCAGAUGAAGAAGAACCAGACAGCAGAUGAUGAUGAUGGAGAUUUGAAUGACACCAACUAUGAUGAGUUCGAUUUUUUUUUUUAAUUUUUAUUUUUUUUUUAGGAAACAAACAAAAAAAAUCUGUAUUUUACACCUUCUCCAAGUAAUAAGGGAGUUUCUCCUCCAACUAAAUACAUGGGAUAGUGCACAUCCACAGACCUGGAUACAACUGCUAUAGCUUCAGGUGUAAGACAGUGCAGCUUCUCAUUCUAUAAUCACAAGAAAGUCAGUAGGUUGGGGUAAAAAUAGUACACAUCACAAGUGUAGAAAAUUGAAGACAGUGUACAAAGGGUCCCAAACAAAAAGCUUUCCCUCUCUUGAGUUUGCUUUUUUCUAUCUGCACUUGAAGGGAGCCAUCCCAAACCUCCCAGCCACAGGCAGUCACAGCUGUGUAACAGCACAGUCUCUUAAGCAACUCUAAAUAAAUGUUCUUCCUUCAAAAGGGCUUUUCAGGGAUUGCUGAGUUUUGCCUGGUUACUUUAAAUCACCACUGUGCUUAAUGAACUCAAGACACUUAAAAGAAUAAGCUUUACUAUAUACAUUUAAAAAUUGAGGAAAAGUUCUCUAAAAAUAUGCUUUUAAAUUUGGCAAAAUGCUCCAGCUGCUCAGGUUGGAGGAACUCCUCCAAGCUGUGCAGCAGCUUGUUAGCUGAGACCAAACUAAAACACCUAAAGAACAGGAGCCAGCCCAGACCUUUGCCUGUGCUCCAGGCUGCUCCCAAAACUCCACCCACCUCCUUCUAGGACAUUGUAUUCCAACAGCCACAACCCAGAUCUGCUGACAAGGAACCAACAUCAGAUCGGCCAAACACUAAAGGGGGACAUGGAACACAUGCUGUGGCCAAGAACAGAGGGACUGCCACAUGUCAGAAUCCACACAAGCGCUUGUUAAAGCUUGUGUUUGUAGGGGGGAAUUGGGAAUCAACAUGGAAAUGCCAAACAGAGCCUCACAAGACUGCUCCUGUCUGUUAUGUGACACCAGCUACAAUGUCCCCAUGUGCUAAAGAGGCUGAUGGCCAUGCUGGGGAAAGAAUGAAGCAGCUUUUCCUUUUGGGAGAAAGCUCUUUCCUAUCAUCAUCCAUGUCCUGUUUGUCUUGGUUUGAAAAACAGGUGUCGGCUAAGGAAGGCAGAAACCUCCCUCUGGAUUACUAUAAUUUUGAAAUUAAGGGGCUCUCAGGUCAAGACAUGGGGACAGGAAUAGCAGUUAUUUACUAGUAUAUAUAAUAAAGCAAACAACAGCAGCUGUGGCACUCACACCAAACAGAGCAGGCCCAGUGACCGCUCCCGCGCCGGCAGGGGGCGCUGUGCCGCGGGCUGGGCCCACAUGCGGUAAUGGCGGUUCGGCCCAGGCGGGAAGGGAUGGGAGAGAGGCUUCUCUUCAGAAACCCCCCUGGGACAUCGAUCCCAGUGUCCCUGCAGGACUCACGGAAAUAGCAAGCUGGAACGGCAGGAAUGAGCAAAAAUCCCAGGGUGUAGCAAGAUGUAUCAGAAGCUCCAGAGCUGUGGCUGGAUCCGUGAGACGUGUGGGCAGGUAGGAGGUGCGGGGCUCCACUGCAGCAAAAGCUCGGAGCAGCGCCGAAGAAGCGGCGGGAGCGGAGUAGCAUCAGCCCAGCUCCCACAGAGGGGUGAGCCCAACAUCCUGGCCACCCGAACAGACGGGGAUAGGUCCCUCUUUUAGUGAGAUGGGUGUUAAUAAGGUCUCAAUUCAGUGUCUGCUCUCACAAGCAGAGGUUCAGCCCCACGGCAGGAGAAGCAGCUCCGGGCUGGGCUCUGGUGGCAGCAGCAAAUUCCCUUCCCCAAGCAGUGGCUUCGACCAUCCUCUUCCAAAGCCCAAAGAGAGAGAGCCAGGAGCUGUCCCAACCCCGUCCUUUACCUGCCCAAUUCUCACGGUAUCUUUCCCCUUAGAAGAUAAACUCCCAGAUAAGAGAAGUGCAACCAGAUGCCCUCCUCCCCUGAGCUUGGCCACUUUUUUCUUAAGUACCCUGCUUUUCUCAAGUACCCAGUUGUUAGUCCUAGCAACUUAGGGGAAAAAUUCUAUAAGUAAAAAGGUAUAAAAGCAAAGAAACCUACACUGUCCUUCAAAGUCUGUAUCACUGAAAGGACAAAUGCACCACAAGCAGGUUAAGUCCUACAGGGACCUCUGAGGCAGCUGAGGCCAACACGCUCUGGAAGGUAUUUUUCAGCUUGCCACAAGCACGAGAAUCUCCAGUUUUUUCUGCCAGUUCUCUGUGUUCUUGGAGACAUCACAUCAGAGCUCUCUGUAGCGAGGUUCAGCAUUCUCACAGCAUUUUCUCACCUCUUCUUUUUGUUCCUCUGUGCCAUGCUGGACCUCAGAUUUGUAAAAUAAGGCCCAGACAUCCCCCAGGUCAGAGUCCAUCUUCACUGUGGAGUGAGACCACUCUCCAGCCUUGGUUAUUUUACACUCACUCCAGAACAGUUUGGCCACAGCCAGCAGGACGUGGGUCAUGUUCACACUUCUUGAGAGCAUCCACACUCUUGGUCUUCCAUUGCAGUCACGCUUCAAGGAACAUUGCUUCUGACCACAGGAUUCCUGAAUUGGGGCACUCUUGCAGUGCCUUGGCCAUCAGAGUGUUAGCAAUGUUCUUCAGCCCAGCUCGGUACUCCAAGUGCACAGACUCCAACCAGAGAUCUGGAUUCUUUGGAGUCUUCAGGCGAGACUUUUCCACCAUGGCCCUUGCUCUAGUCAGCUGCCCAAGUUUCUUCUCCAGCCUGGACAGCAAAAGCCACAGGGGUAUGGAAUGGGGGCACUUCUUCAGCCCUUGAUUAUAAGCCUCCCGUGCUUUCUCUACCAGCUCUUUUUGUUCUUCAAUUUGUCCUUUCAUCACCCACAGUUUGGUGAAGUCCUCAUAGUGCUUCAGGGCUUCCUCACAGAGCUCCUGGGCUGCAGCAAUGUUCCCAUCACCCAUUCCAACUCGACAGACUUCAGCCCCUCACUGUGGGGGCACUGCUUCGAGCCUUUGCCAGCAGCCUCCUCACUCUUCCGUAGUCAUUGUUCUGUGACUUGAGCUUCAUGGCAGCCAGCCAGAUCUCCUCACUGUUGUGGUUGGCCUGGAAAGCCAGGGCCAAGAUGCUUCUGGCUGCUGGCACGUCUCCUGUCAGCCACUUGGAUUUGGCUCCCAUGAGCAACAGCACCUCUGCUUUGCGACAGUGAGCAACAGCUCUUUGCAAAAGAUCCUCCAAGGAUUCUCUGGUUCCAUGGUUCUUUUCAAAGUAGGCUGCUCACAGCCACACACUCUUCUUGCUUGGGAAGACUUGCAAGGCAUAGGCAUAAAUGGUUCGGGCACACUGCAGGGCAUUAUGAGCAACACAGCUGUCUGCAUCUUCCAUGGAGGUGUGUUUCUGAUCUUCUUCCUUGAUCCCAAUCACAGCUCUCAUGAUUGCCUGGCAUGUGGCCACACUUCCAGCUUUAUCACAUUCCUCGGCAUCCUGGAUCCACUGCUGCCUGUUGAUUUCCACACCGUUAACCCUAAAGGAUGUGACAGCUCUGUCAAUGAUUUUCUCCAUCAUCUGGGUAUUUCCAUUGGCUUCCUCCAGUUAGGCAGCAGUAAUCCAGAUGUGACAAUCCAUCAGAAUAUUCUCCUGGGCUUUGUUAAGGAGUUUAUGAGUGUUCUCAUACAUCCCCAGCCUUGCCAGUGCCAGCCACAGUUCAGUGCUGGUUGGACAGCACUCCACAGCCCGCUCAGCAUGAUCCUGGCAUCCUCGGGUUCCUCCAGCUCCACGGCUGCUUUCCACAAACGCAGUGAGUUUGGAACAUGCUCAAGAGCUUUCCUAAGGAUACGUUUCUUGGCAUGGAUGUCUGUCUCCAGCUCUGCUGCUCUGUUAUAGAUCUGCACAGAUUGUGGCAGGUGCUGCAUAGCUUUGGCCGUAUCUCCAGGCUGAAGCUGAGCAGUUUUCAACCAAACAUCUUCACUCCUAGGGCACAUCUCUCUGUUCCUUUCAUGAUGAGGUUUUGAGCAACUUGGAAUUUGCCUGUGUCCUCCUCCAGUCAGGCUGAUGCUAUCCAGGCUGGUGGUUUAGAUUGGUCUCUCGGAGAGAUUUCAGGAGCAAACAGGCUUUUUUGAUAUUAUUGAUAUCUCCUCCAUGUGUGGGAAUCAUGGAAUUCAAACCUGUCAAAUAUCCUUUUGGUCCACUUACAGUCUGGCCACUCAAAGAGUCAGACACCUGGCUUAGCCUCAUAUCCAUCAAGGUGUUCCUGGCUUGGCCAAUCUUCCUUAUGUCCAACCCAUCUGUCCCAGAUAUCAUCAAGCCCAGGACUCCAUACGCUCCUGGGUAUGGAGUAUUCAGACCCCCUGGGUACAGAGUAUUCCGUCCACCAAAUUGUAUCUGGCAUGAGUCCACAGAAGUGUGAUUCUCCCCUGACUGCAAGUGCUUUGCAAAGAAGCUGUUGGGGACAGGAGUCAGGUUCUCAUGACAAGGAUUCCUCUGCCACUUGUUCCUGGCAUGCCCAACCUCAGGAAUAUUCAGCCACUCCUCCUCAGUAACCUCCUCUAAUUUCUGUUUCAAGUCUGAGAACUGCUGUUGAAUUUUAGGUCAUCCCAUAUGGUAUUUUUCUAUUUCUUCUCCUCUCUCACUGUGUUUUUCUUUCCUGUGUUCAUCCAUCCUCUUGUCCAAAGCUGCAUAAAUAGCAUCUACUUCUUCAUCAUAUUUUUCAUAGGGGUCACUUGAGAACAGGCUCCCAGUGUAGCCACUGAACUCAUCAUAGUCGGUGUCAUUCAAAUCCCCGUUGUCAUCAUCUGUUGUCUGGUUCUCCCUCACCUGGUCCCCCACAGUCUCUUGCCCAGCAGGAUGUGCAGUUGGGGUUGUUGGCAUGGUGGGCAGGGCCGAUAUCAGAGCAGGUGGUGAAACCUGUGGCUCCAUGGCCCAGCCCUGGCACGUAGCCCAGCGGUGCAGGCGUGCGCCAGAACGGCUCCUUGCUCAUCAUGCAGGUGGAGAGGUGAGACUGAAGCAGGGACCAGAGCACAGAGCCAGGAAAGGUGGCCGGGAAAGUGGCAACAACAAUGGAAGUGACAGCGAGAGCUAAUUCCCUUCCCCAGGUAGCAGCUCCGACCAUCCUCCUCCUCCUCAGCUAGCAGCUGCCCCAGCCCAGUCUUUUACCUGCCCAAUUCUCACAGUAUCUCUGCCCCUCAGAGAGAGACUCCCAGAUAAGAGAAGUGCAACCAGAUGCCUUCCUCCCCUGAGUUUGGCCACUUCCUGUUUUUCUGAAGUACCCAGUUGUUAGUGCUUCCUGGCAGCUUAUGGGGAAAAAUUCUGCAAGUAAAAAGGAACAAAAGCAAAGAAACCUAACCCCCUGUGCUAGUUUGAAAGCAAACCAGUGGGAGAUCCCAAGUUAGAACUACAAUUUACUAGGAAGAUUUAAAAAAAAAAUGCAGUAGUGAACAAAACCACUGUCAGAGUCAGAAUACAACCUGACACCCUGUUGGGCAGGGCGUUGGUAGCAGUCCAAUUAAGUGGUGGCUGCAGUCCUCCUGGAGUGACAGAUGUGGUUCUGCUGAAGCAGUGAUCCUGUAGAAGGCUGUCAUUUUCCUCUGAAGGUCCAGUGGUGGCAGAGAAGGGUCUGGUCUUCCCCUGGAAUCCAGUGGAGAAAGGCUGCCUGUGCUGUUCUAAAGCUCAGAGUGUAUCCAGGUAGGAAUGCUUGGCUCCUCCCCCUGGCUGGAGCAUCUCACAAUGGCAUGAUGUAAUUUUAUCAGUCAUGCAGUGAGACUCAAUGGCCCAUUAACAGAAGAUCUCACCCUGGAGUUAGGAGGGAUGGGUCAUGGAAGACAUAAAGGACACUGCCCCACCUGGUUUUAACAGCUGGUAAUAGCAUAUAUCCUUUUGGUUACAGCUUGCAUUGCAACCUAAGGCACCCCCAACAGCUGGGUUUUGCCCCAACAAAUCUUGAUAUGUAGGGAAGAGUCCCUUUUAUUUUUAAACUGAUGAGAUUGUAGCAUUUUCUGAUGCUUAGUUACUGCUGUUUACAUGGUAUAUUAAUAGAAUUUCAGAUAGUUUCUAUGAAAUGUAAGUACAAUUAUGCACUUUAGAGAGUUUGUAUUUUUGAACUUUGAAAACUAAAAGUAACAAACCCUAUUAAUGGAGAUAGUACAUUAAAAGAAAAAAACAAACAAAAAAA